GUGAAUGGACCGGUUUGGGACGGUCCCGUGCAGCGGCGCAGCGUGGAUCCGUGUUGUGUCCGCGCGCGUCUUCACACAUGUCGGAGCCGCAGUGCUGCAUGGCUGCACAGGGCACGCGAGCAAACUCUAAUGCAACACUUUACUCCCCUGGCUAUGCAACGUCUCGUGCAUUGAUAGAGAAGAGAACUCAGUUGAAUUGUUGCACUUCAGACAGAAUGAAGACAAGAGAGGUGAAGAUUAUAAACCAGGGUCUGGAGGAUGAGAUGGAGGUGUGGGGUUACCAGCCCUGCCUGUGGAAGAUGAUCCUGGUGGGUGUGGGUGCUGUGUGCUCCGGGGGUCUCCUGCUGCUGCUGCUCUACUGGCUGCCUGAGUGGGGCGUUAAGGUCACCUGCACAUGCACCUCGGUGAGGGACGCACACACACUACUGCUCAGGACCACGGAUGAGUUCAGGCAGUGGUUUCGAGCCAAAGUACAUGUGAUGUCGGCUCCAGGGAAGAAGCCCUUAGACAGCCUGGACCUGCAGUCCACGGCUCAGCUGCCCAAUGGAGACGGAGACCACGGCAUCAGUGCUGUGCACCAGGAGCAUCAUGGGAAAUGUGCCCAUAGACAGCCUGUUCAGAUCCACUACUUCACCCACCACAGCACUAAAUACUACUGGAAUGAUGUGAUGCAGAACUUUGAAUUGCACAAAGGCUUGGAGGAUGUGAAGGUGAGCUGUGCAAGCAUCCACUCCGCCCACAGCUCCGGGCUUUCUAAAACCCUGCAGGACUACAGGAGGUUGUUUUUCGGGGAGAAUGAGAUUGCUGUAAGAGUGCCGUCUAUAUUCAAGCUCCUCAUAAAGGAAGUGUUGAAUCCUUUCUACAUCUUCCAGCUCUUCAGUGUUAUUCUGUGGAGUGCUGAGGACUACUACUAUUAUGCUACCGCCAUAGUUUUCAUGUCUGUGAUUUCAAUAGCUACCUCACUGUAUACCAUUAAGAAGCAAUAUGUGAUGCUGCAUGACAUGGUGGCAGCACACAGCGUUGUCCGUGUCUCAGUGUGCAGAGGAAAUAAAGAUAUUGAACAGGCCAUGUCAACAGAUCUCGUGCCCGGUGAUCUCAUCAUUAUUCCAGAGAAUGGGAUGAUCAUGCCCUGCGACGCUGUGCUCAUCUGUGGGACCUGCAUCAUAAAUGAGAGCAUGCUGACAGGAGAGAGCGUGCCAGUUACCAAGACAAGUCUGCCUAGUUCAGGCGAGGAGGCGGCCAUGAGCUACAAUAUAGAGGAGCACAAGAGACACACCCUGUUCUGUGGUACCCGUGUUAUCCAGACCCGCUUCUAUGCUGGAGAACUGGUGAAGGCCGUUGUGGUCAGAACAGGCUUCAGUACAGAGAAAGGCCAACUGGUGCGCUCCAUCCUCCACCCUAAACCCACAGACUUCAAGCUGUACCGCGAUGCUUACCUGUUCCUGUUGUGUCUGGUGGGGGUGGCGGGGAUCGGCUUCAUCUACACCAUCGUCCUUAGCAUCAUGAACAAGGUUCCAGCUAAAACUAUCAUCAUUGAAUCUCUGGACAUCAUCACCAUCACCGUGCCCCCGGCCUUACCGGCAGCCAUGACAGCGGGCAUUGUGUACGCGCAGCGCCGUCUGAAGCGCGUCGGCAUCUUUUGCAUCAGUCCUCAGAGGAUCAACAUGUGCGGUCAACUCAACCUGGUUUGCUUUGACAAGACUGGUACUCUGACUGAAGAUGGUUUGGACCUGUGGGGUGUUCAGACAGCUGAAGAUGGCAGCUUUUCUCCCCCGGAGGCUGAUGCAGCUAAAGGAAGUCUGGUUAACAGUGAAUUUGUGGCCUGCAUGGCUACCUGCCACUCACUGACCAAGAUAGAGGGCGAGCUCUCCGGAGACCCUUUAGACCUCAAGAUGUUCAACGCUACAGGCUGGAUCCUAGAGGAGCCCACAGAGGAAGAGACUGCACUCCACAAUCCCAUAAUGCCCACAGUUGUGCGACCUCCAAAGCACUCCGUCCCUGAAGCCAGUCAGAAAAAUCCACUAACGCAGAACAUGGAGCUGUCUGAAUUAUCAUCCUUUGAGAUUGGUAUUGUGCGUCAGUUCCCCUUCUCCUCCACGCUGCAGAGGAUGAGUGUGGUGGUCAGGAGGCUCGGGGAGAAACACAUGAACGCUUUCUUGAAGGGAGCCCCAGAGGUGGUGGCCAGCCUCUGCAAACAGCACACAGUUCCACAGAGCUUCCCAGAGACUCUGGAGAGCUACACCAGGCAGGGCUUCAGGGUUAUUGCCCUUGCACAUCGACAGCUGGAGGCCAAACUCUCCUGGCACAAAGUCCAGAGCCUCAGCAGGGACCUGAUAGAAACCAACAUGGAGUUCCUUGGUUUGAUCAUCAUGCAGAACAAAAUAAAAGAGGAAACUGCCGGGGUUUUACGUGAAUUACGUCAAGCUAACAUCCGCACUUUGAUGGUCACGGGUGACAACAUGUUGACGGCGAUAUCAGUGGCUCGAGAAUGUGGGAUGGUCCGUCCGCAUGAGACGGUCAUUAUUGCGGACGCUGCGCCUCCUAAAGAUUUCCACCUCGCGAGUAUCACAUGGCAUUACACUGAAACCCCCGGUCCCACCACCAGGGACAAUCAGACUGUGGAGAUAAACCUGCAGGAUGCGGUAUAUGACAGAGAGAAAGAUCCACAGCAGGAACAACGCUAUCACUUUGCCGUGACUGGCAGAGCCUUCGCUGUCAUCACUGAGCACUUCCCUCAACUCGUCCAAAAGCUGGUGCUGAGAGCCACUGUGUUUGCCCGCAUGGCUCCAGACCAGAAGACUCAGCUGGUGGAAGUCCUGCAGAGCAUCGACUACACUGUUGGGAUGUGUGGGGAUGGUGCUAAUGACUGUGGUGCUUUAAAGCGAGCUCACAGUGGGAUCUCUCUGUCUGAGUUGGAGGCUUCUGUUGCUUCACCCUUCACCUCCUCCACCCCCAACAUCUCCUGUGUCCCCAACCUCAUCAGGGAGGGCCGAGCUGCCCUCAUUACAUCAUUCUGUGUGUUCAAGUUCAUGGCUCUGUACAGCAUCAUCCAGUACCUCAGCGUCACCCUGCUGUACUCGAUUCUCAGCAACUUGGGAGACUUCCAGUUCCUCUUCAUUGACAUCGCCAUCAUUCUCAUCAUUGCCUUCACAAUGAGUCUGAACCCGGCGUGGAAGGAGCUGGUGUGGCAGCGCCCGCCGUCCAGUCUGAUCUCCGGCCCGCUGCUCUUCUCCGUCCUGACCCAGAUCCUCACCAGCCUGGUCUUCCAGGUCCUGGCUUUCCUAUUAGUACGACAGCAGAGCUGGUAUGAGACAUGGACGCCUCAGUCAGAUGCCUGUAAUGUUUCCAGAUCAAGUCUCUCUUACAGCCUGAAUGUAACAAGCCCUCAUGACCACAAAAACAUCAGGAACUACGAGAACACCACCCUCUUCUACGUCUCCUCCUUCCAGUAUUUGGCUGUGGCCAUCAUUUUCUCCAAGGGAAAGCCCUUCAGACAGCCAAGCUACAAGAACUGGCCGUUCAUGCUGUCCUGCAUCGGUCUGUAUACUUUUCUUCUCCUCAUCAUGCUGUAUCCUGUUCCUGCCAUCGACAGCUUCCUGGAGAUCGUGUGUGUUCCCCAUGACUGGCGCGUUACACUGGCCAUCAUUGUCAUAGUGAAUGCGGCUGUGUCUUUCAUGCUGGAGAUUUUGAUCCUUGACAUCAUCUUGCGGACGCUAGUUUUCAGAUGCAAUCAGGGGCUAAAUCGCCCCACAGAGCCCCCCUCUGCUGACACACUUCAGGAGGCCAAUGACCACUGGGGCUCGUCCUUCCUCUCCUGGUUGUUCUGUCGGAGAAGCAAGCCCCCGAGGGUGCGCUACAUGCACCUGGCCCUGGAGCUGCAGGACGACGCCGACUGGCCCCCAAGACCCUCCACUGUAACCUACGCCAGCGAUCCACAAUCCCGCACCUCUGCCCCCCUCUGACCCCUGAGCAAGCAAACUGCUGCACAGACUGAACCUAAAACCUUAGCUUGAGUUGAGCUCAGAGAUAUGGCAGAUGCUCAGAGAUGUGUUUGGGACGUGGAGCCUGCUGGAUGCCAGCGGCCAAUCUUGGAGCCUCAUAAAGGUGAGGCCUCCUACUGCAAGGACUGACUGACUGACUGUGAGCUGCUCAUACAUAAAGUUAGCUUUCAUUUUGAUUAACCUCAUCCGAAUAGACAGACACUUUGCACUUGUCACACUGCUGAAACUUGAGCCAAAGGCCUCUGUUAAAGGAAUAGUUCAACAUUUUGAGAAAUACGGUACGCCUUUUGGCUCGCUUGCUGAGAGUUAGAUGAGAAGAUUGAUACCACUCUUAUAUCUAUGCGGUACAUAUGAGCGGUCGGUUAGCUUAGCUCAGCACAAAGACUGGAAACGGGGACACAGCUAGCCUGGUUCUGGUCCAAAGGUAAAAAAAAUUCUAAAGCUCACUAAUUAACACAUUUUUAUCUAAUUUGGUUUAUUUCAUACUUAAACAAAAGUUUAAAUAUGACAUGUUGUGGUUUUAAGGAUGGCUAAAGGUUCUAUAAUGUAUAAAGUGAGAUGUCCAUGUAUUGUUUUUUUAUUAUAAAGUGCUAUAUAAAUACUGUGAAAUUAUCAAUACGCUCAAUCCACAGAGAAAUGCACACAGCCCGUACUCAGACACUGUGCCGGUGUACCUUAAACGAGCCGUCAGGACUUUUGUUAGGUUGUGAUGUCACAGCUAAACUAUAUAUAGGUAGAAAGUGCCGCUACAUUGCUGUUACGGUCAUUCCCCGGUGGCAAUGACGGUACAGAGACUCCGAGAGUGCAGAUGCAGAAGCCUGUAAACUGACUAAUCAGAGCAGACUGGGCUUUUUCAGGAGGGGGGCUUGAAGAGACAGGCACUAUAACGGAGCGUUUCAGACAGAGGGGGAAUACAGGUGCAUUCAGACAGACAGUAUGCAGAAAAUAAUGUGUUUUUUAAACCUUAAAGUAUGUAACAAUGUUCUAGUGAAACCCGAAACACAAGUAUGAACCUGAAAAUGAGCAUGAUAUGGGACCUUUAAGUCUCUAGGCAGGCUAGCUGUUUUCCUCUGUGUCUCAAGCUAAGCUAACCGGCUGCUGUCUGUAGCUUUAUAUUUACUGUGCAAACAUGAGAGUGGUAUUAAAUCUUCUCAGCAAGAAAACAAAUGAGUACAUUUUCCAAGAUGUCAAACUUUUCCUUUAAGAUGACAGGAUGUCUUACUAACUACAUUGAACGUUACUGCCAAUGACAUAUAAAAUGCAACCACAACACUGGACAUUGAGAAUGGUGUAUAAGUGUCAGAUGAGUCUUUUCAUAGUUUUAAACCGCUUUUUCGUUAUCUGACCCAAUAUUUGAAAUAUUUAAACCAUGUGCCUCGGUCUGACAGAGCAGAUACAUCGUACAGUAUUCAGCUGCUGUAUGCUCAGUCAGGUCCAUUUAAGGCCUAAAAGCACUGGAUGGAACUUUUCUCUUCACUGUGAAUAAAAACAUACAGCGUUUCACUAACAUUAUUAGCUGCUGCAAUAAAAAAAUCAAUAAAAACAUUGUUAAAAAAAAAAGCUGCUGCUAAAAUCUAAACGUUGUGAAACGGUAUUAGCUCAUAUAUUCAAAUAAACAUGAGACACUUUUAUGUGUCAAAACAAAUUUUAUGAACUCAGCUGGAACCGUUGUAUUUCUGAGAUAGAAAACAUUCCACUGCUGCAUUUCUGUCUUACAGUUGCUUCAGUUCAAAUUCUUCCUGUGGAAGAGAAGCAGAAAGUUCUGUGUCCCUUUUUCAAAAUGUUUGUGUGUGUGUGUGUGUGUGUGUGUGUGUGUGUGUGUGUGUGUGUGUAAACACACAAGGGCCAUGAAAAAUAAAGACGUGAUUUUAAAUGUCAUGUCUUUUAACUUUGGAGCAUUUGGCUUUAACACGGUCUCCUUCUCUAACAGAUUGGUUGUUGAGAUGUACAUGGUUCCUGAAAAAACAUCACAAAACACGUGUGAUGUUUUGAAUAUGCAGAAAGUUUUGAACAAUACAGGAGAAGAAUUAAUAACAACAAUCAUUUCCUUUACAUGAAGACAUUUACACCACACAUUGAUGCAGAAAAGGCACAAAUUGUUGCAGAAAAGAAUCAACAGAAUGCAGUUUAUGAAGUGGUUGACGCUCAAAAUUGUCUGGAGGACGACCGCCAGACCACCUCGUUAGAAUGUGUGUGUGUGUGUGUGUGUGUGUGUGUGUGUGUGUGUGUGUGUGUGUGUGUGUGUGUGUGUGGAAGAGAGAGAGCAAGAGAAUGUGUUAGUUAACAAAAGAAUUAAAACCAUUUCUGUGUCCUUUGAUUGCAUUAUAAAAUCUUGAUGCUCUUUUUCC